UUAACAGGGAGUAGGAGGCAGGCGCAGUAGCAGACUCCUAUAUCCGCCAGACGGAGACGGACGGUGCCAGCUGCUAGCUAAGUUAGCCAUAGUAGACAGUUAGCAACUAGCUUCAGAGUCCUAGCGCCUUUGCUACAUAUGAGGGACUGAGCAAGUGUGUGCGCGGGCGUGUGUGUGUGCGUGUGUGACAGCGUGUGUCGACGCUUCAAACGCCCGCUCGGCCGUCCCGAAGUCACUCUGUGUGUACCUGUGUGUGCGCGUGCGCCCGCGUGUGUAUGUACGUGUGUGUAUGUGGAUAAGCCCCCCUAACAUCUCACUCCUCUUCCGACUAGCAGUGUGUCUGUGACUGUGCGCGUGAGGUUAGCAAGCAAAAAAACAAACGCACCCACAUAAACACACUCUUGAUAGUCGACUGUUUACACUCGGUGUCCGGUUACCUGACAGCGGAUUCACAGCAUUUACUGACACCGGCAGAGCAGCAGCAUGAUGUUGAGUUACGCUGUGGUCCGAGGCGGCCUCGGCCUGUUGGCUGUGAGGAGGGCGUGUCUUCUCUCCCGCCUUGCCCACUCUGCCCCGAAGAGCGAGUAUCGACCAAUCAAGAAAGUCAUGGUGGCCAAUAGAGGUGAGAUCGCUAUCCGUGUGUUCAGAGCCUGCACUGAACUGGGCAUUCGAACGGUGGCCGUCUACUCCGAGCAAGACACUGGACAGAUGCACAGGCAGAAGGCAGAUGAGGCUUACCUGAUUGGAAAAGGCAUGCCACCUGUUGCAGCAUACCUGCACAUUCCUGACAUCAUCAAAGUAGCCAAGGACAACAAUGUGGAUGCCAUCCACCCAGGCUACGGCUUCCUCUCUGAGCGGUCAGACUUUGCCCAGGCCUGCGCGGACGCUGGGGUGAUGUUUAUAGGGCCGUCCCCAGAAACGGUCCGCAAGAUGGGAGACAAGGUGGAGGCUCGUUCCCUGGCCAUCACUGCAGGUGUACCUGUGGUCCCAGGAACAGAUUCCCCCAUCUCCAGCCUGCAGGAGGCGCAGGUGUUUGCCCAAACAUACGGCUUCCCCAUAAUCUUCAAAGCGGCUUACGGCGGAGGUGGUCGCGGCAUGAGGGUGGUCAGAGAGUAUGAGGAACUUGAGGAGAAUUACCAGCGGGCCUACUCUGAAGCCCUGACGGCUUUUGGGAACGGAGCCCUGUUUGUUGAGAAGUUUAUUGAAAAGCCGAGGCACAUUGAAGUACAGAUUCUUGGCGAUAAAUAUGGUAAUGUCAUCCACCUCUACGAGAGAGACUGCUCCAUUCAGCGGAGACACCAAAAGGUUGUGGAGAUUGCACCAGCUUUCCAACUGGACCCUCAUCUGAGAGACCGACUUCACGCUGAUGCCGUCAACCUCGCCAAACAGGUGGGCUACGAGAAUGCCGGCACCGUGGAGUUCCUGGUGGACAAACACGGCAAACACUACUUCAUUGAAGUCAACUCUCGACUCCAGGUUGAACACACGGUCACCGAAGAAAUCACAGACGUGGACCUGGUGCAUGCCCAGCUGCACGUGUGUGAGGGCCGCAGCCUGCCGGAACUGAACCUCAAACAAGACAAGAUCAGGGUGAACGGCUGCGCCAUCCAGUGCAGAGUGACGACCGAAGACCCGGCCAGAGGCUUCCAACCAGACACGGGGAGAAUUGAGGUCUUCCGAAGCGGUGAAGGCAUGGGCAUCCGUCUGGACAGCGCCUCUGCCUUCCAGGGUGCUGUCAUUUCACCCCACUAUGACUCCCUGCUGGUAAAAGUCAUCGCCAGCGGGAAGGACCUGCAGACAGCAUCUUCCAAGAUGAGCCGAGCCCUGGCUGAGUUCAGAGUGCGAGGGGUCAAGACCAACAUCCCGUUCCUCCAGAAUGUCCUGUCCAACCACCAGUUCCUCCACUCCACUGUGGACACCCAGUUCAUCGACGAGAACCAGGAGCUUUUCAACCUCAAGCCCACGCAGAACCGAGCCCAGAAGCUCCUGCACUACCUGGGUCAUGUGAUGGUAAACGGACCAACCACACCCAUUCCGGUCAAGGCUAAGCCUUCGUCCACAGACCCCGUCAUCCCUCCUGGCACCAUGGACGACCCACCGGUAGGUUUCCGUGACGUGUUGCUGCGCGACGGUCCUGAGGGAUUCGCUAAGGCUGUCCGGGCCCACCAGGGUCUGUUGCUAAUGGACACCACCUUCAGGGAUGCCCACCAGUCGCUCCUGGCAACCAGGGUUCGGACUCACGACCUGAAGAAGAUCUCGCCAUUCGUCAGCCACAACUUCAACAACCUUUUCAGCCUGGAGAACUGGGGAGGUGCUACCUUUGAUGUGGCCAUGCGCUUCCUGUCUGAGUGUCCAUGGAAGAGACUUCAGGAGCUGAGAGCUUUGAUCCCAAACGUCCCUUUCCAGAUGCUGCUGAGAGGGGCCAACGCCGUGGGCUACACCAACUACCCUGACAAUGCUGUCUUUAAGUUCUGCGAGGUGGCCAAGGAGAAUGGCAUGGACAUCUUCCGCGUGUUCGACUCCCUCAACUACUUGCCAAACAUGCUGCUAGGAAUGGAGGCUGCCGGAGCAGCAGGCGGCGUAGUGGAGGCUGCCAUCUCCUACACGGGCGACGUCUCUGACCCGAUGAGGCAGAAAUACUCCCUUGACUACUAUCUGAAACUGGCAGACGAGCUUGUCAAAGCUGGGACCCACAUCCUAUGCAUCAAGGAUAUGGCCGGCCUGCUGAAGCCAGAGGCCAGUAAGCUUCUAAUCAGCGCUCUGAGAGACCGUUUUCCGGACAUACCCAUCCAUGUGCACACGCACGACACGGCCGGAGCCGGCGUAGCCGCCAUGCUGGCCUGCGCCGAGGCCGGAGCGGACGUGGUGGAUGUGGCCGUCGACUCUAUGGCCGGGAUGACCUCUCAGCCCAGCAUGGGAGCCAUCGUGGCCUGCUCCAAGGGGACCAAGCUUGACACCGGCAUUGCUCUGGAGAAGGUCUUCGACUACAGUGAAUACUGGGAAGUAGCCAGAGGCCUCUAUGCGCCAUUCGACUGCACGGCCACCAUGAAAUCUGGCAACGCUGACGUCUAUGAGAACGAGAUACCCGGAGGACAGUACACCAACCUUCACUUCCAGGCUCACAGUAUGGGACUGGGUAAUAAGUUCAAGGAGGUGAAGAAGGCCUAUGCUGAAGCCAACAAACUACUAGGAGACCUCAUUAAGGUGACUCCAUCCUCUAAGAUCGUGGGUGACCUGGCCCAGUUCAUGGUGCAGAACAACUUGACCAGGGCAGAAGUAGAGGAGAGGGCGGACGAGCUGUCCUUCCCCCUGUCUGUGGUGGAGUUCCUGCAGGGAUACAUCGGGAUACCACAUGGAGGAUUCCCUGAGCCCUUCAGAUCUAAGGUGCUGAAGUCCCUGUCCCGUAUCGAGGGUCGUCCUGGUGCCUCGCUGCCGCCCAUGGACUUCAAGGCCCUGGAGGAGGGGCUCCGAGCUGCGCACGGCGAUGACAUCACCCCUGAGGAUGUGAUGUCAGCAGCCAUGUACCCCAAGGUGUUCCAGGAGUUCAAGGAAUUUACUGCUAACUUUGGUCCAGUGGACUGUCUCAGCACCAGGCUGUUCCUGGACGGACCAAAGAUCGCCGAGGAGUUUGAGGUGGAGCUGGAGAGAGGGAAGACCCUCCACAUCAAGGCGCUGGCACUGGGUGACCUGAACAAGGCCGGCCAGAGAGAGGUCUUCUUUGAACUGAACGGACAGCUGAGAUCUGUGCUGGUUAAAGACACUGUUGCCAUGAAGGAAAUGAAGUUCCAUCCCAAAGCUCAGAAGUCCAUCAAGGGUCAGGUGGGAGCACCCAUGCCUGGAAAGGUCCUGGAGGUCAAAGUGGAAGUCGGCUCUAAGGUGGAGAAGGGUCAGCCGCUGUGUGUCCUCUCGGCCAUGAAGAUGGAGACAGUGGUCAACUCCCCGAUGGCUGGGACCGUUAAGGCAGUCCAUGUCACGACCGAUGCCUCCCUGGAGGGAGAUGACCUGAUACUGGAAAUCGAGGAGUAGAGUGAGAGUGGGAGGGAGGGGAGGGGGGGAGUUGUAGACAGGAGUUUGACAAUCUGAUUCUGUAAAAUAGUGAGGUGGAGGAACAGAGAGGAUUAAAAAGAAGGAAGAGGAAAACAGGAAUCCGUUUUCAUAAAGACAACUCAUCUAGUAGUAGUACAGCAGGACGUCUUGCCCCCCAAUAUGUACAUAUUCUAUUUGGUUAACAUAUCCAGACACCUGAUGGGUGGAAAGAGUAGAUAAUAAAGUGAUUAAAUAGGAAUUCCUUAUUGAAUUGUACCACGAAUCAAGCGUAUUUCUUGAGCGUAUCUCUGAGGUGAUUAGGUCAAAAAAACUUGUAUAUCUCACUACAUCUAUUAAUGUCCUGUCAACUUGUGGAAAAUAACAUUUUAGACUGACAUUAUUUAUUUGAAUUGUGAUACAUUCCAUUACUUAAAUGCUAGUCUUAAAUGUGAUUAACUAACAUUAAUAGGGUCGUAACAGCUACUUGAAAUUAAAUGCCACAAUUUCCAUUUCUAUGCUGUUGAUGUUGCCUAAUAUAUUCAAAGUGAGUAGGUGAAACUUAAUAUUGAUGACUACUUCAUGUUUUUCUUUUAAAUCAGCAGGGUUCAGGCAAAGAAAGAUAGGUUUGAGGAUGUAUUACCAAAUCAUUUUUUCAUACGGAAACAAAAUUUUCAUCUUUUAGCAUGCUCGCCUUUGCAAGACAUUAAUAAUCUCUGACAUUUGUCACAGUGCAUUCUCAGAAUGUGUAAUCACUGGUAGCCUCUUUUUUUUGUCGGUGAAAAUUUCAAAAUUGUUUUUUGGAAAAUGCAGCACACUGAGGCUGAAGGAAAGAAAAUCACGGUGUUUUGUCCAAUGUGUUUUUAAUCUAAACAUAUUUUCACAGUGUAAGAAGCACAAAAAAGCAAGUGGCACAAUUUUAGGUUGACAGGGAAAAGUAUAUUCUGUUACUGUAUCAUUAAUAGUGGUUGGUUUACAUUUUUAGAGAUCUCUAUUGGUGUUGAAAAUGUUGUCCCAUUCACACCUCUCUUUAAAAUCCCAAAGCAGAAGCUCGCUGCAGUGACAUUUUUGAAAUGAAGCUGUAGGCUAUGUUGGAAACACCGAAAGGGGAUUAGAGAUGUGAUUUUUACCUCUGUUAUAGUUGGUUUAAAUGCAGCUUUCUUAAUCCAAAGCCAGCUGUAGGGUGGCCCACUAAAACCAAUUCAGCUGUAUCAUUUUAGUGGCGUAAAGUGUUAUGGUGGCUUUUAGGCCCUUUUAGUGUCUCUGGUUUAAUAGUGUGAUGAUGGAAAAGUUGUCAGAGGAGCAGUUCCACCGUGUCUUCAGAACCAGGCAGACAUUAUGGUGAAUGGUCUUCUGUCUGCAUGGGGAUUUUAAUGCUAGGUGUAAAUGGGAUUACAUGGUGGUGUAAUGGAGGCAUGUAGUGUUAUUUUCUGAAGCUCUGCUGAUUAAUUUAUGAAUUAAUUCUGUCAAAUGAUGUGAAAUUAGCCGGACUAAUAAGAGACUCUGGAGAUUCCCAGUAGCAGCACUUGGCUUUAUAUUUCUAAUGCGUGUGUUUGCAUAAAUGAGUCUAAAUGUGUGUAUGUGUGUGCCAGCAAAUUUAAAGACAAAGUCUACCAGUCUCCAUGACGUUGCAUCUCCAGAGCUGAAAACAUAUUCUAAAAGGAAAUGAAAUAUUCAUACGCACACACACCCAUGCAAAAUAUUCACACUAACACUCCCAGCUCUCGAGUGCUGCCUGGAUCAAAAGAAAACAAAACCAGAUACACUGGGCAGUGGUGUGGCUACAUCUCCACAGUAACACUGUGUCUAAAACAUUAAACAGCAAUGCAGCAUUGACCCCACUCACUUUCUGAUGAUGUAGUUAAAUACUGAAUUAAACUCACUCAAGGUUCAACUUUGUUUUAACUGUUUUCCACGACUGUAGGCCUUUUGACCAUGUGACGAUUUUGAAUUGAAUGUUGAGGUAUCCUGACCAGUGAAAGUAGAUAGAGAACAAGCAGAGAAAAAAAAUAAAUUACUUUUCAAUUACAGUGGGAAAGGAAGUGUCACAGUCUCCUUGUAAUACAGUGAAGCAUGUAGUGUUUGUGACAGUGAGCCAGAAAAGACACUACAACAGCUUACUCUCUCAAAAGGUCCGUGCACUUUGAUAGAAUACAUCGAUCGAAACACAAAAUUAAAGUCUCAGUUUGUACUCGACUGGGUUGUUUCCAGCAUUUUUGCUCCAUUACCUCUGAGAACGAGUCCCCUUUCGAACUAUGCAUCAAUACUGAGCAGCGAUGCCGUGGCUAAUUAGAACGCUGACAUUCGCACUGCCAUGCCUCACUGUACCUGUCCUGACUUUAUCAAUCUGCUUUUGAAAUUGGUUAAAAGACAUGGAGAUGAAGGCGUAUUUUUGACAAGCUGUUUGCACAAUAAAUGUAAAGUUCCCCCCCUUCUCUCCUUAUUCGCUUUCCUUGGUAAUCUGCUUUCCCUGCCUCAUCUAUCCAUCAUGUUUUCCUCUCCAUCCCCCACUUCCUUCUCCCAAAAGUGUAUAUUUGCACAUGUAAGAUGAUGGCAUAGACUCAUGCAAUGAUGUUAACUGUAUCGCUGUGUUUCUCUGUGUCUCAGCCAGCAGUAAUUCUAACAGUUGUGUUUAUGACAAUGUUCUACUGUGCAGUGUCUGCAGGGAAAAAAAAAAAUAAAUCAGAAAAAAAGUGCUCACAGCUGAAAAAUGUUAUUU